AUGCGGGCCAUCGUGACAAAGGAUGUUGAAAAGCUGUCCGACCUGAAGCAGACGCUUGGCAAAAUUUCCGAGACACCGCACAACAGAAAGCGGUACCUUGACGAGGUGCGUGCCAUUGUGGCCGUCAAAACGCAAGAUCUGUAUCUCGUAUCGGGGCGGCUCAAGAUCCUCUCCGAAAGUGACAUACACAAGAGACUGAGAGACAAGGAGCCACCUCCUGGUCAGAGAGGCGGCACAUUUGUGGACGAGGCCGUGCUGAGGAACAUAAUCUCCAAUAACACUGACGCGGUAGGCUACAUUCUCGAGCUCGAAAGUGAUCAUUGGGAGAAGGCAUACUUUGCUGAUAUUCUGCUGUUUUCGAUGUUGGAGGAGCAGAUGGAAGAAUGUUCGUCUCAAUUAGCGUACGCGAGCUCAAUGAUGAGCCAUAUAGAGCCCCUGACCUUGAACCUGUACUAA